AAUGGAUCAAUGACGUAUAAGACCUCCCCAACCCAUAUGAAGACGCAUCCGUGUGCCGCCAUGACCAACCAUCAUCGCUUCCUGCCCAGGCCACGCAUGCCUUGCAUCUCAAUACACAAAUCGACGGGCCUGUAACACGACAUGAGUUCACAGAACAAUGCACGACGACACAUUGUCGUAGUCGGUGGCGGUGCAGCCGGCAUGUCUUGCGCGGCAACCCUUGCCAACCGCCCAGACAAAUUCAGGGUAACCUUGCUCGAGAGAAGUGACGUCGUUGGUGGUCAGGCUACCUCAAUACCCCUGAACGAGCAUCGGCAUGGAGCCUCCUGGAUGAACAAUGGGGUGCAGGGAGGAUCGGGGGUAGGGACCCGGCCGUCAAGCCCGAAGACACCCUCAUCACCGUGAACCAACGCUGACAGUGACUGUUGCCAAGAUCUUCAAGCACACGUUUAAUUUUUUCGAGCAGCAGGGCUACCCAGCACAGGAGGUAAAACUUCAGGUCUCUUUCGGCAAAGGCGAAGAUGGCUUUUGGACAAAUGUCUUUCCCAGCAAGCUCGUGUCGCAGUAUGCCGCCGACAUCAAGAAAUUUGGCCUGUUUCUCAAAGUCAUCAAGUGGACGAUGCCGAUUCUCGGCCUUGUCCCCAUAUCCAUCAUGCUGCGCAUCUUCUUCUUCAGCAAGGACUUCGGCGACAAGAUGGUGUAUCCAUUGAUUGCACUGUUUCUGGGAACCGGAAACCAGACCGCCCGUGUCCCCUCUGCCAUCGUUGAGCGUUUGUUCGACGACCCAAAUAUGAAGCUCUGGGACUACGACCCGGUCACAUUGCUGCCGAACCUGCCUACCAUGUUUACAUUCGAUAACCUCCAUGAGUUCUACGGCGCCUGGAGGAAGGACCUGGAGCGGCGUGGCGUGGCAGUCAGGACCAACACGGAGGUUUCCAAGGUGCUGUCGAGGUCAAACGGCAGGGUGGAACUCGCAAUCAAAGACAACACAACGGGACACACAACAGAGGAGACAUUUGAUGACAUGGUGCUAUGCGUGCUUGCAGAUGACGGCCUGCGUCUACUCGGGAAGCAAGCAACGUGGCGGGAAAAGAUGGUCUUGGGGGGCGCCGCUUUCUACGACGACAUUACCGUCACGCACAGCGACAACAAGUAUUUUGAAAAACACUACGAGACACGAUUCCAACAGCAUUUGUGCGCGGAGCCCGAGUCAGAGGCCCAAAGAGAGCAGAUUGCUUUCGCUAGAGGAGAUCCCGAGGAGCAGGACGAGCACGGUCUCGGGUUUAAGCCCAUGUACUACACUUUUACAUACGACAGAGACCCGCGGUCCAUCGAAAUGUCAUUCAACUGCAGCAACUACCAGCACCAGCUCAAAAAUGCCAACAUCAAGGCCGGCGCCGGCGUGCUCGAGCCGGUCUACCAGACUAUUUUCCUCGACAAGAACAAGCAAGAUAUGUGGACCAUUGACGAGAUUGAUAAGUCGAAAAUCAUCAAGCGCAAUUGGUGGCACCAGCUCGGCCACCGAUGGCAGCACUACCUGCGCGUCGUCCCAGGAAUGAUGUUUUUGCACGGUAGGAACCAUACUUACUUUGCUGGUUCCUGGACCUUGGUGAACAUGCACGAGCUUGCCUGUGUCAGCGGGAUAGCGGCCGCAUACCACAUCGGAGCCGACUAUGUCAAGUUUGAUGACUUUGCCCAGGAUUUUUUCGCCAAGUAUCUGCUACUGUCCCAUGGCAUCGUCUUCUCCCGGGAGGAGAAGCGAAGGAGCAGGUCGAAAUAACCGCCCCC